AUGGACGAGCUGGCGGCGCUGUUUCCCCCGAAGAAGGCCCGAAAAGUGCAAGCGAGUUCGCUUGGCUCCGUCUACGACUUGCUCCGCAAAGGUCCGCUACCUAAAGCCAAGGCUCCUCGCUGCGUCUGCGACGUGGCAUGUGGUAUUACGCAUAUGCACGCCCUCGGCUACGCACACCGGGACAUCAAGGCCGAAAGCUUUCUCGGUCGCUACAAAGUCGCAGACUUCGGUCUUUCCGUCUACACAAAGGACGAGCAGCAGCACGGGUCCGCGGGAACGGUCGACUAUACGUCUCCAAAAGUUGCCGCUGGUCAGCCCCACGACGCCACGACGGACCUCUGGUCCCUGGGUGUCCUUGCAUACGGGCUUCUCGUCGGCCACCCACCGUUUUCCAACGUUGACAACGACACGCCCGACGAAAUCAAGAAGCAGGUCCGGGUCGGGCACGUUUGGCGGCCGCCUCGCAUCGCCGACAGCGCGUGGGAGAUGCGAGGCAGCCGCGAAACCGUACAGUACACAACAAUGGCAUUGGCUGCCGCGUCUGCCGCGUACCCUACGCAGAUCGUCAUAACAACACAGAUCGCCAUGUACCGGUUUAUGUAUUGUUUGGGCAGUCGGCGUAUGCAGUGA